GUCUACUUCUGAUACUACGAUUGCUGCCGUUGCUAUGGGCACUGCCGUUGCUAUGGGUGCUGCCGUUGCUACAAGUGCUGCCGUUGCCAUGACUACCGCUGAGGUUCCAUCAGCUCCUCCCACCAGUCUGGCCCUGUCAGGACCAACGAAGAAGAGAAUCCUGGCGGCUCCGGCUCUUAGCCUGUCUCUGGGUCGCAGCGAGUCGGGGGUUUCUGACGACUUCCCGUCCAGUUUCCUGUCGCCAUCGCCUGACGACGACGACGAUGACACGGCCCUGGAUUUCGACUUGGACGCCAUGGCAACGCCUUCCGACAGCGAAUCCCUUGCCUUUCCCGUCGACGACCAGGACCUGGAGGAUGACCUGCGGCGUCUCGGCGUGGCGUCGCGGCUUCGCCUCGAGCCCGGGUCUGGGUCUGGGUCCAGAUACGGGUCCAGGUCCAGGUCCGGGUUCGAUUCCCGGACCAGCGAGCUGGGAGCCCUGGAGGACUCGGUGGACCCCCAGGGAACCAGGUGGCGCCAGUUCUCCAGAGACCCGGCGCCGGAGAACCGGGUCGACAUGAGCGUCCUCCAGCCGUUCCUCAACGUGCUGUCACACGGAGGUUACUACAGCGACAGCACAAAUGACAUCAUCGUGUUUUCUUCCUGUUACCUGCCGGAGAACACUAUGGAAAACUACCAGUAUGUUAUGGACAACCUGUUCAGGUAUGUGGUGGGGACUCUGGAUCUGAUGGUUGCAGAGAGCUACGUGAUCGUUUAUCUUUGUGCCGGCGGUCAGAAAAACAAACUGCCGGGAAUCAGCUGGCUGCGAGAAUGCUACACCACCAUCGACCGCAGGUAA